CUUUGCGCAUGCUCUGUUUCUGGGUGUCUGGCAAGUGGCAACAGCUAACCAGCCCCGGCAGGCAGACACCAGCCGGCGGCAGUAGCAGCGGCGAUUCUCGGCGUGUCUUCCACAAAAUAGCUCGCUGUCGGGUUCUUCGCAUUUUGUUGAGACAAAGUCAGGGGGGAGAAAAGAGUGGGAAGACAACCACGAGCCCUGCGCAAAGAUAUGAGCGGCAGCGGGCGGCCCAGGACCAGCUCGUUUGCUGAGCCGCCAGGAGUUCCAGGAGCCGCCGCCGCGUCCGCCGGAUCAGCCGCUGCCGUGGGGAGCAGCACAGGAAAGUCCGGGGUCGCACAGGCCUCCGGCAGUAGCUUGUCGGGAUGCUCGAACCUCAAGCUCGCCAGAGACAGCGGCAAGGUGACGACGGUGGUGGCCACACCGGGUCAGGGCCCGGACCGCCCCCAAGAAGUGUCCUACACUGACAUUAAGGUGAUCGGCAACGGCUCGUUUGGGGUGGUCUACCAGGCGCGCCUCAUCGACAGCCAAGAGAUGGUGGCCAUCAAGAAGGUUCUCCAAGAUAAGAGGUUCAAGAAUCGGGAGCUGCAGAUCAUGAGGAAGUUGGACCACUGUAACAUUGUCAGACUACGUUACUUCUUCUACUCCAGCGGAGAGAAGAAGGAUGAAGUGUACCUCAACUUGGUGCUGGACUUUGUCCCUGAGACGGUCUACAGGGUUGCCCGGCAUUUCAACAAGAACAAGAGCAUCAUUCCCAUCAUCUACGUCAAGGUGUACAUGUACCAGCUCUUUCGCAGUUUGGCUUACAUCCACUCGCAAGGCGUGUGUCACCGGGACAUCAAGCCGCAGAACCUGCUGGUGGACCCCGAAACUGCCAUCCUCAAGCUGUGUGACUUUGGCAGCGCCAAGCAGCUGGUGCGCGGCGAGCCCAACGUGUCGUACAUCUGCUCGCGCUACUACCGGGCGCCCGAGCUCAUCUUCGGCGCCACCGACUACACGGCCAACAUCGACAUCUGGUCGGCAGGCUGCGUCCUGGCCGAGCUCCUGCUGGGCCAGCCCAUCUUCCCCGGCGACAGCGGCGUCGACCAGUUGGUGGAGAUCAUCAAGGUGCUCGGCACGCCGACCAGGGAGCAAAUCCGAGAGAUGAACCCCAACUACACCGAAUUCAAGUUCCCGCAGAUCAAAGCUCACCCUUGGACCAAGGUGUUCAAACCACGCACGCCGCCCGAAGCCAUCGCGCUUUGCUCUCGCCUGCUGGAGUACACGCCGGCCUCGCGCCUCUCGCCGCUGGAGGCCUGCUCGCACACCUUCUUUGACGAGCUGCGGCAGCCCAACACGCGGCUGCCGAGCGGGCGAGAGCUGCCCGUGCUCUUCAACUUCAGCACUACAGAGUUGUCUAUCCAACCUCAGCUGAACUCCACGCUCAUCCCUCCGCACGCUCGCGCGCACUCAGCUUCUUCCUCUCACGGUAGGAACGCUCUUUGCUUCACUCUCAAGCUUCUUAGUACAAACGACUCCGCUUGCGAUGCUUCUAACGUUAACCGAUAAACAACAUCGAUGUUUUAGUGAUGCGUUCUGAUGGCUGCUACAAUGAAACCGACACCCCAAAACGGGAUUCAUUUCAACCGCUAGUUUACACACGAGGCAGCAACACACACAGAGUGUACAACAACAACAACAAAAAAUACAAUUGUGUGUGUGUGUGUGUGUUGCUGAUUGUGAUGUUUUGUGUGGUGUACAUUUGAGAUGGUACCGGGCCGGACCUCUCCCAGCUUGGACCAGUACCAGGAUCUCUCAACAGCAUCUGAAGCGGCUAAUCGCCUGCCUGCCUGCCUGGCCAGCCCCGCCCCCUGCGCUCGCUCGCUCUCUCUCUCUCUUUCUGUUUCUCUCUCUGUCUCCGUCUCUCUCAAUUACAUCUCACAUACACACAGACACGCACACUCAUACAUAAAUCUAUGUAUCAUCUCCGUGCUGCUCACUCACCUCAUAGUUGCGUUUUUUUAUUUUUUUUUCAUUUUUUUUUGUGGAGUGGACGCAUCCAACAACACCGCAGCCGGAGAACCCUUAACACACACACAUGCACACACAGAUCUACAGCGCUGUCUGGCUGCUGCUCCAGUAGUAUGUGAAGGUUCAAUAGUGGGGGCUGGUCCUCUGUAAUAUAAUUUUUUUUUUUUUUUUUUAGGUUGACUUUGUUUUUCUACCUUCUCUUCUUUGCCCAUGUUUGUCUUUAUUUAUUUGAACACACACACACACGUUUCCUAAUUUACAAUUUUUAUUUUAUUAUUUUUUUUUUGAGUUUGAAAUCAUUGUCAAAUGCGUACGAGGUCAACUGGACACUGCCUGAGCCACAAGAAUGUUCUCAUCAGGCUGGAGAUGUUCACUCAGGAGAUACUCCUAACUUCUUCCAGACUCCUUAUUAUUUUUGAAAUGAUUGUUAGCCAUAUUUUUAUGGUCUGCUUUCGCCCUUCCCGCUUUUGCGGAAACAUCCCUUUUAAGAGAAUUUUAAUGUAUGUAUCGUUGUUUUAAAGACACUUUUUUAAAAAAGUCUUGAGACAUUCUUGCAGUUUUCCCAUGUUGCACGAAUCGAUGUAGAAAUCAUGUAGCCUGGUUGUACAGAGUGUACAGUGACCCCCCCGCCCCAAUUGUGGGGAAACCCCCCCCCCACAAUUGACGCUUCGCUCUCAAAAGGUUUGUAGUUGCUUCUAAACUGCGAUUGAAGCGGUAAAUCUAAAACCAACUAUGAUGCCUGAACGUUUGUCACUUGAUUGCAUAACUAUACCCGUGCGGUGAUGACUCUCCGGAACAACCCGGCCUAAACUUGGCUCCUCCCUCACACAUAAAUAUUAAACACUUGAGAAGUCCUUGAAUCAAUUUAUUACUUUCCUUCUCUCCGAGGCUUUGGCGUCAUCUUGUGGCAUUUUACUAUGACAGAAAGUACAAAAUAAAAUAAGCUGGAAAAGUGAACGGUGAAUAUGCGGGCGGGGCAUUUCGGUGCAAAUGUCGGUGGUCCUCAUGUAGCAGCACACAGCGUCAUCGUCACCAUUCUGUAUUACUUAUUUGUAUUCUUUGUUGAACUUCCUCCCAGUGGAAGUGGAAGCUCACUUCAGACAUUUUAAUUUGCAGGCACAUUCAUGUGGUAACUGGUGGCUUUUCAAAUGAAAUCCUCCCGCUGUCAUGGCAUGUGUAAAUAUUGUUUCUUUGACCUCUGUCUCUUUCUCUCUUUUUUAAUUUUUAUUAUAUUACAGAGCUGUUUAUAUUUCCCGCCACUCUUUCCGUCCAUAUGUUUGUUCUUGCUUGUUCUGUAAAUACACCUUUGUCGCCGUGUAAAUAUUGCAAAGAAGAAAAAGCUUGUCCUGUUUAUCCAGCACCUUUCUCUCUCUCGCUCUUUCUUUGCUCCUUGUGAAGUAGAUGUUCGCAUCAGGUCACCCCCCCCUCCCCCGCCCCUCUAAUGAAUCUCACACAAAUAUAUCCUGCAAGUGGCACUAGUGGAUAUGUUAAUUGAUGUCGUGGGCACCUUAACUUUAUUUGGCAACAGAGCUGCUUGUUUGUGUGAGUGCAAUGUCAAGAUUACUGCGCAGUAUUUAGGGGCGGGGGGGGAGGGUUGCAAGAGUUACAUUUUAUCACUCGUAGUCACGCAAUGUCUAGGUGUAAGGACGUUAUGUCUUGUCAGGAGCUCCGAUGUGCUGCUAAUUAUCACCGUGACACAUUUUGUGGUGCAACUGCAUGCAAACGAGAGUUUUGUUGUGGGUGUUUUUAAAUUACCCCCCAGCCCCCUCCCCCUCCAUUUCUUUUGAGUUUUGCUCUGAGCGAAGAAGGAGAGAGAAAGAAAAGCCGACCUGUUUGUCUCCGUUCUGUGUGUGUAUGUGUGCGGGCGCGCGUGUGUGUAUGUGAAUGCAUUUACUGUAAUAAAGUGAUGAUGAAACUGUG